AUGACAUCAAACGACUUUACCGUAGUAACAGAACCUCAACAACGAGAGUUUAUUCGUACUAUUUCAUCGUUGAAUGACAGUCAAAAAAUCGAUGAAUAUCUUAAACGAAUCGGAUUAGAUUCAUCAUUACUAAUCAACAACAUUUCGUCGGAUCAACUUUUAUCAAAACUCAUAUUUUGUCAUUUAAUCAAUAUUCCAUUUGAAAAUUUUUCUAUGCAUCGUCAUAAACCGAUUUUAUUGCAUCGUAACUAUUUAUUUGAUAAAAUAAUCGUUAAAAGGCAAGGUGGAUUUUGUUUUGAAUUAAACGGACUAUUCGGAUGGUUAUUAGAAAACGUGUCAAAACAUUUUAAAGUCAGCUAUCUUCACGCAAGUGUGAAUCUCUCUCAAGACAAAGACGAAGAAGGUCGUUACAGUGAUGAUGGACAUUUGGCAUUAGUUGUACAACUAAAUGAACAGAAAAUAUAUCUUGUAGAUGUCGGAUUCGGACCAUCUCAGCUUGAUAAAUUAUUAUAUGAGUACAAUUUUGAACAAACAUUGUGUGAUGGAUUUAAGUAUCGAAUUAUGAAUGGAGCCAACAGUGAUCUCGAUUAUGAUUACCUUCAGUAUUUCUGUAAGUCGAAAUCAACUUGGACUAAUCGUUAUCGAUGGAAGUUGACGGAGAAACAAGACUCAUUUGAUUACAAUAACUAUUUGCCAGGUUUGAGUAGAGUAUUGAAAGUAGGAGCAACAUUCAGUCACUGCCCGCUAGUAAUCAUAGUCAGAACCGACAAUAGACUUGUAACGUUGAUUAAUAGAAAAUAUUCUGUGACCACUCGUCCAGACGGACACAAACAACUUCAACGUAAUGUCAGCGGAGAUGAGCAGGUGAAACUAUACAAAAGUGAAUUUGGUAUUGAAUUAAAUGACGAAUAUGAAGCAGAUGGUAGUUGGAAAUUACAAAUGGAAGAGUCAGACUAUCGUCCAUUCAGUUUAAAUGAAAUUGAAAGUUAUCAUCGUAUUUACGAAAAUAUAUUAGAGAAUGCAAAUUAG